AUGGACCCUUUUGAGGCCAACUACCGAGCCGCUAUAGAAAAGCACCUGUAUGAACCACCUCUGUUCCGCUCAGUUGGAAAUACCGCAGUGUUCAGAUCCUUGUUGCAACAGCCCGAACAUCGCGCUCAAAUCAAGGAUACUGACAUCGGGCAUGAUUGUCUGAACCGUGCAAUCACCCUGGGUAACAAAGAGAGUGUCAAAGCUCUUGUUGAUAUCCCCCUUUCUGAAUUUGACUGGACCAGUCAUCCUGUGGCAUCCUACAAGGCCAUGGGCCAUAUACACACAGCUGCCAGACUCGGUCGCUUUGAAGUCUUCAAGGUAUUGGCCGACACUGGAAAUGUUGACAUUGGCGGAAGAGAUCCCUUUGGAAUGACUCCACUGCACCAUGCAAGCGAAAUUGGCUCUAAAGAGAUCGUUGAGUAUCUCUUGGCUGGGGGUGUCAAGCCUGACUCGAAGGACGUGAAAGGCCGGACUCCUCUCUCCUACGCUGCCGAGAAGGGGAACAGUGAGGUCGCCAAGACUCUCCUUUACGUCGAAGGCGUGGAAUCCGACUCGAAGGACCUGAGAGGUAAAAGUCCCCUCUACUAUGCUGUUCUCUCUGGUAAAGACGAGACGGCAGGCAUCUUGAAGACUUUGGGCAGUGUUGAUGAGAGCGUCGAAGCAAAGGCAAAGGUGGAUCGAAUGAUUUAUGAUAGCCAACGUCCGUAUUUCAUCAAUGAGGGUUCGUGGCGGGCUUGA